GGUGUUGAGACUGUGGAUUCAAGUCAUUUCAUUACUGCAGAAAAUAUUGAACGGCUAAAGCAAGCAAAAGAAGCGAACAGAAUUCAGCUUGAUUACACAGAACCGACUGCAAAAGCUCCGAAGAAUGAGAAACUGAUAGGGAACGGUGAUAGCCAACUCGGGACAGUUGGAUGUGUGGCAGUUGAUAGCCAGGGGAAUUUAGCCACUGCAACUUCCACUGGGGGAUUUGUCAACAAGAUGGUUGGGAGGAUUGGGGACACUCCCAUCAUAGGAGCAGGAACCUACGCCAACCAUCUCUGUGCAGUUUCCGCUACGGGGAAAGGUGA